AUGGAUAAAAUUUUCAGCACAGAUCCAAGCACAUUAGGCACAGUGCGGUUGGGUUCGUAUCCAAAACUUCGCUUUUCUAAAAAUAUAGAUACAAUAUUCGACAAAAAGUUCCAAGACUCCUUGCAGGUUGGAAUGAAUGUUAGAAGUAGACAUUAUCAGCUACUGACAGUUGCCUCGUACUCUGGAUGUGAUUUGCAUAGUCCACCUGCCUACAACAAACCUGCCACCGUCAACGAGCCUGCCUACAACAAACCUGCCGCCGUCAACGAGCCUGCCUACAACAAACCUGCCGCCGUCAACGAGCCUGCCUACAACAAACCUGCCGCCGUCAACGAGCCUGCCUACAACAAACCUGCCGCCGUCAACGAGCCUGCCUACAACAGCCUGCCUACAACAAACCUGCCGCCUGUCAACGAGCCUGCCUACAACAGACCUGCCGCUGUCAACGAGCCUGCCUACAACAAACCUGCCGCCAUCAACGAGCCUGCCUACAACAAACCUGCCGCCGUCAACGACGCCUACAACAAACCUGCCGCCGUCAACGAGCCUGCCUACAACAAACCUGCCGCCGUCAACGAGCCUGCCUACAACAAACCUGCCGCCGUCAACGAGCCUGCCUACAACAAACCUGCCACAGUCCACGAGCCUGCCUACAACAAACCUGCCGCCGUCAACGAGCCUGCCUACAACAAACCUACCCCUGUCUGGGCAGUCACUAUUGGCAUUGAGGCACAUUCCGAUAGCAGGGAGCAGAGUGGGAUGAAGCAGUAUGCCCUGCGUCGUUUGCCAUACGUAACGCAGUGGUAG